AUGGCGAAAUCGCAUAAGCGUAGUCACUCCAAUUACCGACCCGCGUUGACGAUUCUCCUUCAACCCAUGCGUUUCUUUGUCAUGUCGCUGGUGAAGAUUUUGGCAUUACUUCUAGCGCACCCCGGACAAACUUGUACUUUUCUUGUUGUUAUUCUGGCAGCGGUGUACUUUUUUAAUAUGGUAGAUAGCCUGGUGGCUUUUGUUUUACCAUUCAAACCUUUUCGCCUGUUAUAUUCUCACAUCAAGAGCUCUUCGAAGAACAUCCUGGACGGGUUAUGUGGUGUCGUUUACCCUCACCGGAGUUCCAACGCGAUCCCUCGGCUUUUGAAGAAUACCAAGGAUCCACUUCAACUCACCACUUCCGUAUUGGUUUUGCUCAAUGAACCUGGCAACUUUUUUGCAGAAACCACCGACUUGCUCGAAUUAUCCAACUCUCUCCUCUUCAUGAACAUGAAACUUGGAAAUCAUACUAAAAUCAGUUCUCAAGUCCGAAAUCUAGCGAACAUGUAUUCCCUGUUUACUGACGAAAUCGAGAAGUUGGACUCGGCGGGGAUUCGUGUCCUCGAAAUAAUCUCACAAGAAUAUUACAAAGUCAUUUACCAAAAUAAACAUCCGAAGAAUCAAGUCGGCGAAUCAUUGGUGAAGCUUUCAAACGAUGAAGUAGAGAACUUGCAGGCAAAUAUCAACAAAACCUUAGAAUUGGCAUUCAAUCUUCUCAAUGAACAAGAUAAGACGUCAAUUUUAUUCCACGAGGAAACUUCUUUCCUUCAGAACGUGCGAAAUCGGCGUGGUCUAUGGGGCUUCAAAAAGCGUGGCGAUAAGAAGGUCGAAGCUGAAGAGACAUUGAUAUAUCUCAAUCACCACAGAGAAAAUUUGAAGCGUAGUUGGACUACAUUGGAAAAACAGCGAAGACAGUUAAUUUUAUUCCUGGACAAAAUUCAAAAUAUGAAGGCAAGCUUUUCACUGAUCAGGAUUCAUAAUUUCAUUUGGUAG